GUGCUGAUCCUUCAGCUGGAGGGACAGAAACACUGGAGGCUUUAUCAGCCCACCGUCCCUCUGGCCCGCGAGUACAGCCUGGAGCCCGAGGACCGCAUUGGUCCCCCGACACACGACUUCAUCCUGCAGCCUGGAGACCUGCUGUAUUUCCCCAGAGGAACCAUCCAUCAGGCGGACACACCGGCCGGCGUGGAGCGAUCCACUCACCUCACGCUCAGCACCUACCAAAAUACGUCGUGGGGCGACUUCAUGCUGGACGUGAUUCCCGGCUGCGUGUUCGACUGCAUGAGCCGAGACCGUGAGAUGCGAUCCGGACUGCCUCGUAACCUCCUAACGGCUCCCGGUUUCGGUCCCAAUGUUACUAAGCGGGUGUGUGAGUUUCUGCGCCGCCUGGCCGAUGGUCUUGAGCAGGACGAUCACGAGUUGCGCUCCACUGCUAUGAAACGAGACUUCAUCUCCCACAGACUGCCACCGUACCUGCUGGACCAGGCCGAACUCGAACCCGCUGGGAAACUGCCGUCGCUAGAGGACACGGUGUGUAUCCGGUUCAAAGAGCAUCUUCUUCUAACGGUGGAGCCCAGUCAAGACAACACUGACGAGGCCACAGAGCUGGUUGUGUUUGUGUUGCAUUCUUUAAAGAACAAGAGAGAAACGCACAUGAUGGGAACAUCUGAUGAGGAGGAUGAGGAGGAUGAUGAAGAAGAUGUCGUCUCGCAGGGUCUGCGCUUCCCCUCGUCUCAUCUGGCUGCUCUGAAACAGCUGCUGAGCGGCGAGCGCAUCCCGGCUGUGCAGCUGCAGCUCCUGCAGGAUGAAGAUAAAGUGGGGUUGCUGCUGGGUCUGUGGAGUGAAGGACUACUGCAGGUCUGCCAAACGCCUUAAAGAUUGGCUCAUGUGCUGCAGCUCAUGUUCAUCCUCCUCGUGAAUGACGCUGCAGCUCUACAGCAUCCGUCUUCAUCAGCAGCGGCUAUGAACAUCUUAUUGUGACUAACUGUAGCUAAAUAAAACAAGUGUCAUUAUCCAA